GCCUUAGCAGCGGCAAUAGGCGCAAUAGCGGCGGCGACUGCAGGGACGACGACGACGACGGCGGGGCGGGCGCUGUGCGCAGAGGGGAGGGGUAGGCGGGCGGCGCCGGCGGCUUCAACUGCGGCAGCUACGGCUAGAGCGACGAAAGAAUCCCCAUCAGCCGGCGGUCGAGUGAGGCCUAAGCAGCGCCUGGGGCGGCUCGCGUUGUCCUCUGCGGGGGAUCUCCAUAGAGACCGUGACACACACAGAGGCGGGGGUCCGCAGGAGGCUGCCGGACCCGAGCCAGCUCCUCGGCCUCUGUCGCCGCCACCACCUUCCCUGCUGCCAGCGCGCAUUUUCUCUCCACUCCUGCUCGAAACCGCGCGGCUCCUGGGGUGCCUGUGCCCCACCGUGUGGGCAGCGAAGGCGGACUUUUGGGCUGGGGCCGGGCGAGGGGGGGGGCUCUAAGGCCUCCACCUCUGCCUCUCCCGCCCCCUUGCCCGCCCCGAAGCGGGAAGCGGCGGAGGCUCCGCCAUGGCCUCGGGAGCCGGAGGAAUAGGAGGGGGCGGUGGCGGCAAGAUCCGGACGCGGCGUUGCCACCAGGGGCCAAUUAAGCCUUACCAGCAGGGGCGACAACAGCACCAGGGCAUUCUCAGCAGGGUUACGGAAUCUGUUAAGAAUAUUGUGCCAGGAUGGCUACAGAGAUACUUCAACAAGAAUGAAGAUGUGUGCAGCUGCUCAACGGACACACGAGAGGUGCCACAGUGGCCGGAAAACCGAGAAGACGACCAUCUGCUGUAUGCCGAUGAGGAGAGCUCCGCUCUUCACGAUGGGAGGGUCACUCCCGAGCCCACAGUUAGUAAUGCAGAAGAGCCCUCGACAACUAGUACGUCUUCAAGUUACCCAGACGUGUUAACACGGCCUUCUCUUCACCGGAGCCACAUGGAUUUCUCCGCAUCGGAGCCUCCUGCGCUGCACUGUCAGCCCUCCACAUCCUCCGCGUUCCCGAUCGGCAGUCCUGGGUUUUCCCUUGUGAAGGAAAUUAAAGAUUCUACCUCUCAGCAUGAUGAUGACAACAUCUCAACUACCAGUGGGUUUUCUUCAAGAGCUUCUGAUAAAGAUAUAGCUGUUACAAAGAACACUUCAGUGCCACCUCUGUGGUCCCCAGAGGCUGAUCGUACUCACUCACUCUCACAGCACACUGCCACCAGCUCAAAAAAACCAGCAUUCAACUUGUCUGCCUUUGGGACACUGUCCCCGUCACUUGGGAACUCUUCAAUCCUUAAAACAAGCCAACUUGGAGAUUCUCCUUUUUAUCCUGGAAAAACGAUGUAUGGCGGGGCGGCAGGUGCCGUGAGACCGCCGAAGCUGCGAAGCGCGCCCUAUCAGGCACCGGUCAGGAGGCAGAUGAAAGCCAAGCAGCCGAGCGCCCAGUCCUAUGGUGUGACCAGCUCCACAGCCCGGCGGAUACUGCAGACCUUAGAGAAGAUGUCUAGCCCUCUUGCGGAUGCAAAAAGAAUCCCGUCUGUUGUCUCUUCACCCCUGAAUUCUCCGCUCGAUAGGAGUGGAAUAGAUACAACCUCAGACUUUCAAGCCAAAAGGGAAAGGGUGGACUCUCAGUAUCCCCCUGUUCAGAGACUUAUGACCCCAAAGCCGGUUUCCAUAGCAACAAAUCGAACUGUUUAUUUUAAACCAUCUCUGACCCCAUCUGGUGAAUUAAGGAAGACUAAUCAAAGAAUAGAUAAAAAGCACAAUACUGCAUAUGAGAACCCUGUGACACCAGGACAAAGCAGAGAACAACGAGAAAGUGGCUUUUCUUACCCAAAUUUCAGUAUGUCUGCAGCCAAUGGUUUAUCUUCUGGAGUAGGUAGUGGAGGCGGCAAGAUGAGACGAGAGAGAACACGCUUCGUUGCCUCCAAGCCUCCCGAGGAAGAGGAAGUGGAAGUGCCAGUAUUGCCGAAAAUCUCUCUACCCAUCACCAGUUCUUCACUGCCCACCUUCAAUUUUAGUUCCUCUGUGAUCACAACUUCCUCCCCGUCACCCAUCAGUCCUUCGCAAUCACUGACCAACAAGGUACACGUGGCCUCCCCCAACAGUCCCAGCAGUCCCAUGUUUCGAUUUUCGUCUCCAAUUGUGAAAUCUACCGAGGCAGAUGUCCUACCUCAGUCGUCCAUUGGAUUUACAUUUAGUGUGCCUGUUGCAAAAACAGCAGAACUUUCUGGCUCUAGUAGUGUUUCAGAACCAAUUACAAGUAGUAGUUCAGCUCAAGAUAUCACUGCAGUGAAUAGUACACACUGUAAGAAGAAGAUAGAUGAAGAUUGUGAGGGUCCGUUUAGACCUGCAAAAAUCCUGAAAGAAGGAAGUGUCCUGGAUGUUCUCAAAAGCCCUGCUUUCACGUCACCAAAGACGGAUCCUCUUGCUGCUCCACCUGCUACCACAAGCCCAGUCGUUUAUACGAGGCCAGCGAUAAGUAGCUUUUCUUCUGGAGGAGUCGGGUUUGGAGAGAGUUUGAAAGCCGGGCCGUCUGGACCGUCGUGGCAGUGUGGCACUUGUCUGCUCCAGAACAAAGCCACAGACGACAAGUGCGUAGCCUGUCAAGCGGCAAAAGUGCCAGCAAAAGAUGCUGCUAAGCAAAGUGGAAUUGGAACACCAAGUAGAAGUGACAAGUCAACUCUCUCUACAUCAGGGACGGGUUUUGGAGACAAAUUUAAACCAGCAGUCGGGACCUGGGAUUGUGACACCUGUUUAGUGCAAAAUAAACCUGAGGCGAUCAAAUGCGUGGCUUGUGAGACACCGAAACCCGGAACUGGUGUGAAGCGAGUCCUGACGCUGCCAGUGGCUGCAGCGAGCGCCGUGACCGUGGCCGCUUCGCCUCCCACCUGCACUGCGACCACGGGCGCCGUAGGGUUUGCAGAUAAAUUUAAAAGGCCCCUGGGAUCUUGGGAGUGUCCAGUAUGCUGUGUUUCUAAUAAUGGAGAAGACAGUAAAUGUGUGUCCUGUGUGUCUGAGAAGCCAGGAAGUUCGGUACCUGCCUCAAGUAGCAGCACUGUCCCAGCCUCUCUGUCUUUUGGAAGCUGCCUAGGGUUAGACAAGUUCAAGAAACCGGAGGGCAGCUGGGACUGUGAAGUGUGCCUCGUGCAAAAUAAAGCCGACUCUGCCAAAUGCAUAGCGUGCGAAAGUGCAAAGCCAGGCACAAAGUCUGAGUUCAAAGGCUUCGGCACACCUUCCUUGCCUCCGAACCCAGCAGCCUCAUCCUUCAAAUUUGGUCUCCCAUCACUGUCUUCUGGGCCUUCUCAGACUUUAACAAGCACUGGAGAUUUUAAAUUUGGAGAGCAGGGAGGCUUCAAAAUAGGUGUGUCUUCAGAUUCCGAGUCUCCAAACUCCAUGAGUGAAGGCUUUAAAUUUUCAAAACCACCAGGAGAUUUUAAGUUUGGAGUUACGUCCGAGUCUAAGCCUGAGGAAGCUAAAAAGGACAACAAGAACGAUAGUGGUUUUAAGUUCGGACUCUCUUCGGGUUUAAGCAGCACAGCGUCGUUAGCGCCGUUUCAGUUUGGGGUGCCUGCUCUUGGGCAGCAGGAGAAGAAAGAGGAGCUCCCUAAACCUCCGUCUGCGGGCUUCGGCUUUGGUGCAGGAGUCAGUAACCCGGCCCCGGCCGCUGCUGCCGGCGCGGCCGCCGAGAGCAAGAGCGGCUUCGGCUUCGGGGCCAUAGGAGCCAAGAGCGUGUCGGUGGCUCCGCUCACAGGGAAGAUGCCCGAAGCCAGCAAAGAAGACACUCCCGCCACCAAGGGAGGGUUCGCUUUCGGCGGCGCAGAGCCCGCCCCCCUGCCGUCUGCCUCGUUGUUCGCUUUGGGGAGGACAGAAGAGAACCAGCAAGAGCCGGUCACUUCCACCUCUCUCGUGUUUGGGAAGAAGGCGGACGGUGAGGAGUCAAAGUGUCAACCGGUGUUUGCCUUUGGGAAUUCAGAGCAGACCAAAGAUGAGAGUUCGGCAAAGGCCACCUUCAGUUUCAGUGCGGCAAAGCCGUCUGAGAAGGAGUCAGAACAGCCGACAAAGGCCACUUUCGCGUUCGGAGCUCAAGCCAGUACUACGGCUGACCAAGGUGCAGCAAAGCCAGUGUUUAAUUUCUUGAACAACAAUUCUUCUAAUUCAAGUGCCCCGGCAACUUCGGCCGCCGGCGGCAUAUUCGGGGGUUCCACCACGGCCUCCAGCGCGCCCAUGGCCACCUUCGUGUUCGGACAGGCCAGCAGCCCUGCGAGCGGCGCCGCCUUCGGGAGCGCGGCGGAGCCCAGCACUUCUCAGGCUCCGCUGUUUGCUCAGGACAGCAAGCCUGCCGCCACGGCCAGCACGGGCACGGCGGUCACCCCCUUCGUCUUCGGUCCAGGGGCCGGCGGCAGUAACCCUGCAGCCUCCGGUUUCAGUUUUGGAGCCACCACCACGUCCGGCUCCACAGGACCCUCCUUCGCAUUCGGCACUGGACCUUCAGCACCAUCUGCCAGUCCAGCAUUUGGUGUCAACCAGACCCCAACAUUUGGACAAAGUCAAGGUGCCAGCCAGCCCGCCCCCUCGGGCUUCGGAGCCCUGUCGUCUUCCGCAGCCUUGUUCUCUGCUGGCUCUCAGCCCACGCCGGCUCCCUUCGGGCCGGCGCCGAGCAGCAGCCAGCCUCCUGCGUUUGGACAACAGCCGAGUCAGUCUGCGUUUGGCUCUGCAGCAGCUCCCAGUACCACGGCCGUUUUCCAGUUCGGCAGCAGCACCACGAAUUUCAACUUCACGAACAACAACCCGUCGGGAGUGUUCACAUUCGGUGCAAAUACCAACACCGGCGCGCCUGGGGCCGCGGCCCAGCCCUCGGGCUCCGGGGGCUUUGCGUUCAGCCAGCCCGCCCCGGCCUUCACCAUGGGAUCGAACGGGAAACAUAUGUUCUCUUCUUCUGGAACUUCACUUCCCGGUCGCAAGAUAAAGACUGCUGUCAGGCGCAGGAAAUAAAGGUCACUUCGGUGUUGUACACACUUGCACAGCAGCCGGUGCCCUGCUUUUCAGAUCCGGGAUCGUACUGUGUGCUGGGUUAUUGACGUCCAUCCGCCUCAAGACUUCUUUAAUUUUGGGGUUUUCCUCCUUGUUUUCUUUCUCCACAGACGCCCCGCCCUCACCUCGCCCACUCCCUUUUUAAAGCAAAUAAUAGCUCGAUUGGUGACUGAUUCUUCAGCAAAAUCUGCGCCCGGCACAUGAGCCCCUGGCCUGGCUAGGCCGGCGGGGCCCAGGGGUAGGGCUGCUCCGCGAAUGGCUUGUAUAGAACCUCUGCGUCCGCGCCGCCGCGUGCGUGGCCGUGCGUGGCCGUGCGUGGGUCUGCGUUGCGGGAGCGCGCUGACGUCGUUAGUUCGGAGGACUCCUGUAUAGAUUAGAGUGUUGAAGUGAAUGAUUUCUAUGCCGACUCCGUGCUGGCGUGUGUGUGAAGUGAGUGGGUCGGGUGUCUUGUGCACUGAGCUUUGCUGAUAGAGGAAGCCUGGUGAGAGGAUGGUCCGUGCUAGGACUUCUUAGAGCUAGUUCGUUCUCCGUUUCAUAAUUCUCUGCUAUUUCUGUAUUUUCAUCCUCCUAUCACCUGUCUUGCCUUUUUCAUUAUUUUAUUAUGAAACUUGUGUAAAUACAAUUUUGUUUCUGUACCUUUUUGGCAUAACAAAUCUGUGAACUUGAAAUUUUAAUUUUGUGUUAGGAAAAUUCGUUCGUUCUUUGUUUAGUCUUGUCUCAGAUUUUAUUAUGUAAAUCCCAUUAUUCAAAGUUGCCUAAAUCCAUUUGGAAAUCUUUAAAAAAAAAUUGGGGAUUCUUAAAGUGAAUUUAUUGGCUUUUCUGAUCCAGUUUUGUUUGGACCAAAAACCAGUAUUGUACAAAGUAUUAAGCAUAUAUUUUUAUAUUUACUGAAAUGGACUGUGGUGACUUUGGAUAAUAAGGAAAAGUUUAAUAUUAAAGCCAUGUUUAUUACAGUAUAAUUAACAUGUUAAACCAUGGGAUAAAUGCCAUCAAUAAAAAAAUUAUGAAAUAGUUUUUGUUCUAGUGUUAACUUAUAAUGAAGGUACCAGUGUUAACGGAAGGGAACCUUUUUUUAAAGGUUUGCUGUGGUCAGUCAGAGAAAUUCCAAAGAAUACAUUUAAGUGCUUUGGACAUCUCCUAAGCGAAGGGGGAAGUGUCUGAACGAAAAACAUGUAGAAGGUACCCUGCUUUUUGUCUGGUGCUAGGGAUCACGCCUACUUUGCAUAUAAAUUGACAUACCUUUUUAAAAGUUGAAAAUAAACACGUAACCAUU